GCCGCACGCGAACCGGGCGAGUGCCGCCUCCUCGCACUGGGCCCGCCGCGCCCUCCGCCUUAUUUCCCGGGGCCUCACCGCACCGCCUUCUGUCUUGCCUGUUGUCCCGAAGUGUCCUCUGAACUGUGAGAGUAUGGAAGAGAAGGCCGCUCUGUGCAGUGACGUGUUGAUACGGGUAUUCCUGGGGUCUGUUUAAGCCUUGGAGGUCCACGAGGGGGUCUGGGGUCGUCCAGCUGGACACCGGCAGAUAGGAGAGGGCGCCGGGCCCCUCCAGCCCUGCGCUCUGCUCUCUCCCAGGAUGCCAGACAGGGAGGACUGGUCAGGUCGAAGCUUCCGGCGGACUCGGUUCUCCCUCCAGUCCAAGUGCAGACGCUGAACACACUGGCCCCCGCGGGCCGCCGUCAGCAGACACUCCUCUCCUCCUCCAGAACCCCCAGGACGUCAGAGCUGGAAGAGACCUGAAAGGUGGCGACCCAUCCACCCCGUGGCCGCUGGGCUGGUCCGUGGAUCUCGCUGGUUUGGAUGCUGUGUCGUCUGCUUCAGAAACAAGGAUCCUGGCUGUGCAUCACGACCCAGGCCCCUCUGACAUCUGAACGAGAAACAAGGGACAUCGAAUAAACAGGAUUUUAAACGUGUGCUUCAGUCCAGCCUGCUGCUUUCCAUGCUAGGCACGAUGGGGAGGGGGCCCCAGGCACAUCCUCACGGGUCCGGGUCAGAUUUGGGGCUGCGGCUGGUCCUCAUACCUGGGCAUACUCUCAAGUACUGCCACCCAAGUGCUAACUGAUGCCCUCAGUCUGAGUGGUGCACCCACAUAUCUGUUUUCUUUGGAAAAUACCUGGUCAUACCCACCAGCGAACCCACCCAGCCUGAUGUCAGCAGUGGCAACGGGCCAGCUGACUGGCCACUUUCACAUUCAGUUUGGUGGAGUCACGGCAGCCACACCCUGAGACUGAGGCGGAAGGCGUCGGGGAGCCUCCUGACCCCUCCGGGCAGGCACGGUGGAGGUGGCCUCCCCUGCAGCUUCCUCUCUGUGCCUCUGGAUGAGGCGGGGGUGGAUCUUAAUGUGCAAACCCUAAACGAGGACAGUCAUGCAGAGGAGCCGAGAAACGCACAGGCAGGUACCACAAGGGUCAGUGGCCAUCAGCCAGGGUCCCUGGCAGGCAGGGCUGACUCGGAACUGACCUGGAAAAGAGGAGAGGACACCACUGCCUCAGCCCUCAGCGGCCCCUCAGCCAUCCACCUGUCCCCACCACCUUCACGGGGCCCCAGCUGUCAGACCCUGCAGGGGUGUGCCCUGGGAAGCUGCCGAUCGAGUCACCGCUUGUUCAGCCAGGGACAAGGCCAAGGCUGACCAGUAGGCCCAGAGGUCCAGCCAGACCAAGGACUUGUGUGUCAUCUCAGCCACGUGAAGUAAACGAGGUGCUGGGUGGGAAGCUGGUUAGGCUCAAGGUCACUGUGGGUCAGUCCCCAACCUGCCAACGGUCAUGAGGUUUUCAUGGUGAAAAAACCCAAAGAAAAUUACAUUAUGAUUCAUGAAAAUGUUACAGAGUUCAGAUAUCAGUGUCCUGAAGUUUCGCUGGGACAGCCCGCUCGUCCCUGUCACGUGUUCUACGGUCCAGAUGAUUGGCCCCGAGUUUGGGGGAAGUGAAACUCCCAGAUUCUCCCCUGCACGAGCACAGCACUGGGGUCAGGGGUUGUCCAGAGCUUGGGAGGGUGGGACUCCCCGGGGUUUUCCCCAAGAGCCCCCGGCUGCAGCCCAAGCUGCUCCUGAUGGGAGGGAGGGUCUGGGCCUGUGGGGGGAGGCGACUGGUUUCAUCUGGCACUUGGUGUGCUUUACAGCUUAGUUGAGUACGCUGUUACAAGAUGUUUUGGGGAAAAAUACCCAUAACUGGCAUAUCAGUUAUUUCAGAGCUUAAAAAGUGAGUUGAUUGGAAAACAAUUGCUAAAUAAACUAGCUUUCUGAGUGCAAACCCCAAAGGCAGCAUGUGGGUGACUCAAUUUGGGGAGCCCUCAGCUCUAGCCGAGGGCAGGGAUGGGAGAGAGCCACCCACCCAGAGGACGGGACACCCGUGGUCAAGGGGUGCUGUUGGAGACAAACCUGAGCCACUUAUAAAGGUGCUGCCUGGUCCCAGAGCCAGAUGGUAGGGCUCCUGGCACUGUUCCUGGUCCUUACUACUGAAGGGACAGGUGGGUGGACCCCAGCACCUGUGGGAAGGAACCAGACUCCAAAUCGUGGCAGGGUGAGUCUAGACGCCAGCCCUGUGGUGGGCCCCGCGUGAAGCUGGUUAUCAUCUUUCCGUCCCGGUGAGGUCUCCACACCUUGAGGACCGUCACUGCCUAGGACCCUGUCCCAGACACCUGCCCGCACAUGGCAUUUUCUCAUUUAAUCCAGGUACAGUGUACCUGCCCUAAAACCCACCUACUGCUAAGGCCUGAGAAUUCACAGACACAGAGGGAGCAGCCGUGGUCACAUCACGAAACCUGUCCCUAUGGUGGUGUGGCAGGCGACUCCACGCGGCAGGCUGGGGACUGGCUCCGAUGCUGAGAUGGGGGUGGACUCAGAGGUUGCAGAGGGUGGGGCUCCAAAGGGGCCAGGAGCCCUCCAGAGCAUCCGUUAGGCUGGGGACCAGGAAGCAGGGGUCAGAGGCCCUGAGGGGGGGGAGCCUCGAGUGGGGGGGCUGCCCCUCCCCGGGGCCAGAACCCACUUCCUACUUCACUGCUCGCUGGGAGGCGGCAGCGAGGGCUGUGGGUAGAGGGGCCGGGCCUGCUCCCUCCGCCCACCCUCUGCACAGGAAGGUCUGUCGGGCCACCUGGCCUGGGGCGCCCCACUGGCAGGAUGGAGGACGAGGAAGGGCCCCAGUGCGGUAAGCCGGACUUCGUGCUUUUGGACCAAGUGACCAUGGAAGACUUCAUGGAGAACCUGAAGCUCAGGUUCGAGAAGGGGCGGAUCUACACCUACAUCGGAGAGGUGCUGGUGUCUGUGAACCCCUACCAGGAGCUGCCCCUCUACGGGCCUGAGGCCAUUGCCAGGUACCAGGGCCGCGAGCUCUACGAGCGGCCGCCCCACCUGUACGCCGUGGCCAACGCCGCCUACAGGGCGAUGAAGCGCAGGUCCAGGGACACCUGCAUUGUGAUCUCAGGGGAGAGCGGGGCGGGGAAGACAGAAGCCAGCAAGCACAUCAUGCAGUACAUCGCGGCUGUCACCAACCCAAGCCAGAGGGCCGAGGUGGAGAGGGUCAAGAACGUGCUGCUUAAGUCCACCUGCGUGCUGGAGGCCUUCGGGAACGCUCGCACCAACCGCAACCACAACUCCAGCCGCUUCGGCAAGUACAUGGACAUCAACUUCGACUUCAAAGGCGACCCCGUGGGGGGGCACAUCCACAGCUACCUGCUGGAGAAGUCUCGGGUCCUCAAGCAGCACGUGGGCGAAAGGAACUUCCACGCCUUCUACCAGGUGCUGCGAGGCUGCGAAGACUCAGAGCUGCGAGAGCUGCACCUGCAGAGAAGCCCCACUCUGUACAAUUUCACCCGCCAGGGCGCGGGGCUCAGUGUCUCGGACAGUGACGAGAAGAGCCACCACCAGGCGGUGAUAGAGGCCAUGCAGGUGAUCGGCUUCCGGGCCGAGGAGGUGGGCUCCGUGCACCGGAUACUGGCUGCCAUACUGCACCUGGGAAACAUCGAGUUUGUGGAGAAGGAGGAGGGGGGCCUGGCUGUGUCGGAGGAGGUGCUAGUAGACCACGUGGCCGAGCUGACGGCCACGCCCCGGGAGAUGGUUCUGCGCUGCCUGCUGGCUCGCACCGUGGCCUCGGGAGGCAGGGAAGUCAUUGAGAAGGGCCACACAGCAGCUGAGGCCAGCUACGCCCGGGACGCCUGUGCCAAGGCAGUGUACCAGCGGCUGUUUGAGUGGGUGGUGAACCGGAUCAACAGUGUCAUGGAAACCCGGGACCGGGACCCCCGGAGGGACGGCAAGGACACGGUCAUCGGCGUGCUAGAUAUCUACGGCUUUGAAGUGUUCCCUGUCAACAGCUUCGAGCAGUUCUGCAUCAACUACUGCAACGAGAAGCUGCAGCAGCUGUUCAUCCAGCUCAUCCUGAAGCAGGAGCAGGAGGAGUACGAGCGGGAGGGCAUCGCCUGGCAGAGCGUGGAAUACUUCAACAACGCCACCAUCGUGGACCUGGUGGAGCGGCCCCACCGGGGCAUUCUGGCCGUGCUGGACGAGGCCUGCAGCUCUGCGGGCACCAUCACCGACCGCAUCUUCCUGCAGACCCUGGACACGCACCACCGCCACCACCCACACUACACCAGCCGCCAGCUCUGCCCCACAGACAAGACCAUGGAGUUUGGCCGAGACUUCCGGAUCAAGCACUAUGCGGGGGACGUCACGUACUCAGUACAGGGCUUCAUGGACAAGAACAGGGACGCCCUCUUCCAGGACUUCAAGCGGCUGCUGUACAACAGCACAGACCCCACCCUGCGGGCCAUGUGGCCAGACGGGCAGCAGGACAUCACAGAGGUGACCAAGCGCCCCCUGACAGCCGGCACCCUCUUCAAGAACUCCAUGGUGGCCCUGGUGGAAAACCUGGCCUCUAAGGAGCCCUUCUACGUGCGCUGUAUCAAGCCCAACGAGGACAAGGUGGCCGCGAAGCUGGACGAGGGCCACUGUCGCCACCAGGUCGCAUAUCUGGGACUGCUGGAGAACGUGAGGGUCCGCAGGGCUGGCUUUGCCUCCCGCCAGCCCUACCCUCGAUUCCUGCUCAGGUACAAGAUGACCUGUGAGUACACGUGGCCCAACCACCUGCUGGGCUCCGACCGAGCGGCUGUGAGCGCCCUUCUGGAGCAGCAUGGGCUGCAGGGGGACGUGGCCUUCGGCCACAGCAAGCUCUUCGUCCGCUCGCCGCAGACGCUGGUCGCGCUGGAGCAGAGUCGCGCACGCCUCAUCCCCAUCAUCGUGCUGCUGCUGCAGAAGGCAUGGCGAGGCACGCUCGCGAGGUGGCGCUGCCGGCGACUGCGGGCCGUCUACACCAUCAUGCGCUGGUUCAGGAGGCACAAGGUGCGCGCUCACCUGGCAGAGCUGCAUCGGCGGUUCCAGGCUGCGAGGCAGCCCCCACUCUAUGGCCGCGACCUUGUCUGGCCACCGCCCCCUGCUGUGCUGCAGCCCUUCCAGGACACCUGCAAGAUGCUCUUCUGCAGGUGGCGGGCCCGGCAACUGGUAAAAAACAUCCCCCCUUCGGACAUGGCGCAGAUCAAAGCCAAGGUGGCUGCCAUGGGGGCGCUGCAGGAGCUGCGGCAGGACUGGGGCUGCCGGCGGGCCUGGGCCCGCGACUACCUGUCCUCGGCCACGGACAACCCCACCGCCUCGGGCCUAUUCGCUGAGCGCCUGAAGACGCUUCGGGACAAGGACGGCUUCGGGGCCGUGCUCUUCUCCAGCCACGUCCGAAAGGUGAACCGCUUCAACAAGAGACGGGACCGCGCGCUGCUGCUCACUGACCGGCAUCUGUACAAGCUGGAGCCGCGCCGGCAGUACCGGGUGAUGCGGGCUGUGCCUCUGGACGCGGUGACAGGACUGAGCGUGACCAGUGGGCGGGACCAGCUGGUGGUGCUCCACGCGCGGGGCCAGGACGACCUGGUGGUGUGUCUACACCGCUCACAGCCGCCACUGGACAACCGCAUUGGGGAGCUGGUGGGCGUUCUGGCUGCGCACUGCCAGGGGGAGGGUCGCGCCCUGGAGGUCCGCGUCUCCGACUGCAUCCCCCUGAGCCAGCGCGGUGCCCGGCGCCUGGUGUCGGUGGAGUCCACAGCGGAGCAGCCGGAGCCGGACUUCCGCUGCCGCCAGGGCACCUUCACCCUCCUGUGGCCCAGCCGCUGAGCCCGCCUGUCCGGCUGCAGCAAAGACUCGGCCCCACGGAAGUGAAGGCGCCUCUGCCCGGCCCGCCCCCGGCCAUGGGUCCCCCCAUCCCAGCGCCGGGCAAUAAACAAUGCUGCACCUG